ACUCAGGGUCUUCGCUACGAUGGCGGUCAAGCUAAGGCGUCCUACGUGAAGUGUGUAAACUGUUUUUAAAUCCCUGGGGGCGCCUCGUCUGCCCACAGAGCAUCCAACUUAAAGUUACAACUCCCACUAGCAAGCAAAACAAAGCAGUUCAAAAGGACUUCUGGCAGAGCAGAGGUGCCAAUUAAGAGCAUCAUGCGUAACUCUAAGCCGCCGAGCAAACUGGCCAUGCUCAUGGUGUUAUUGUUUCUGCUUUGUUACGGAGUUGAGAAAGUCCAUUGCUCGACGGUUCAUGAAAACAACCAAGAUUUUCACUCUCUGCUCGAUUUCAAGAAGGGCAUCACCCACGAUCCAAAUGGAGCCAUGAACGAUUGGAUCAACAACACCCACUUCUGCCGAUGGAAAGGUGUGAAGUGCACCUUAACACCGCCAUAUCGCGUCACGGAGCUCAACCUCUCUCACAACAACUUAGCUGGCCAAAUCUCCUCCUCUCUUGGAAACCUGACCAACCUUAAUUUGCUGGCUCUACCAAAUAAUAGAUUUGGUGGACCAAUACCCCUUCUUGACAGGCUCCAAAACCUAAAUUACCUAUCCCUGGACAACAACUCCUUAAAUGGUGUGAUUCCUGAAUCACUUGCAAACUGCUUCAACUUAAACAAACUAGGUCUCUCUAAUAAUAACCUCACCGGUGUUAUCCCUCCUAACAUAGGUUCUCUUACCAAGCUACAAGUUCUUCUCCUUCAUAGAAAUAAGCUUUCCGGGGUCAUCCCAUCAAGCCUCAGCAACAUCACAAAUUUAAUUGCAAUAUCUCUUUCAGAAAAUCAAUUGAACGGAUCCAUUCCCAUUGAAUUAUGGCAAAUGCCACAGCUAACGUCUUUGUACCUUCAUGAUAAUUAUCUAUUCGGUGAAAUCCCACAAACUCUCUCUAAUGUAUCUUCUCUUCAUAUGCUAUCCUUGGCGUACAAUAUGUUGAGCAACACUUUGCCAUCUAACUUCGGCCAUGCCCUCCAUAAUCUAAAAUGGUUGUACUUGGAAGGCAACUUGUUUGAAGGACAUAUUCCAGAUUCCCUAGGCAAUGUUUCAGGUCUAUUACAUUUGGAUAUAUCUUCUAAUCAUUUCACUGGCAAAAUCCCUAGCAUAUUUGGAAAACUUUCAGGGCUGUCUUUUCUAAACCUCGAGGAAAAUAUGUUUGAAGCGAGUGAUAGUACAGGCUGGGAAUUCUUUGCUGACCUAGCAACAUGUAGUUACCUGUCGGAGUUUUCAUUGGCUAGCAAUAAUCUGCAGGGUGCUAUACCAAAUUCCAUCGCUAACAUGUCCACCAACCUCAAAAGGCUUCUGAUGAGUGAUAACCACCUAUCCGGAAUAGUCCCCUCAAGCAUUGGAAAAUUUAAUGGUUUAAUUGAACUCGAUCUUGGUGGAAACAAUUUUACCGGUACAAUUGAGGAUUGGAUCCCAAAGUUGACGAGCCUACAAAACUUAUAUCUCAAUGACAACAACUUUGAUGGUAUAAUCCCACCUUAAUUCUAUUAGUAACCUUACUCAAUUGGCACUUUUGGAUGUUUCAAAUAAUAAAUUCACUGGUUCAAUACCACCUAGCAUGGGAACCAUUUAACCUCUAUUCAAUUUGACCCUAAGCAACAACAAUUUCAGAGGGAGAAUACCUGCCGAGUUUUGGGACCUUAAACAAUUAGUCUUCCUUGAUGUUUCAUCGAACAAAUUUAGUGGGGAAAUUCCUCAAAGUUUGGGCCAGUGCCAAAAUCUAGGCACCAUUGAAAUGGACCAAAAUAUUCUUACAGGAAACAUCCCGACCUCCUUCAGUAAUCUAUAUAGCUUGACCUUGCUAAAUCUUUCCCAUAACAGUUUCUCAGGUCGCUUGCCAGAUUAUCUAAAUGACCUAAAGCUUCUCAAUAAAAUUGACCUGUCUUACAAUAAUUUCCAAGGAGAGAUACCAAAAGCUAGUAUAUUCGAUAACGCUACAGUUGUUUCACUGGAUGGCAAUCCAGGAUUGUGUGGAGGAACCAUGGAUUUGCAUAUGCCUUCAUGCCCUACUGUUUCUAGAAGAGCGACGAUCAUAAGCUAUUUGAUUAAGAUAUUGAUCCCAAUAUUUGGGUUCAUGUCCCUCCUAUUACUUGUCUACUUUUUAGUCCUUGAGAAGAAGACUUCAAGAAGAGCACAUCAGUCACAACUUUCUUUUGGUGAGCAUUUUGAGAAAGUUACUUACAAUGAUCUAGCGCAAGCAACAAGGGACUUCUCAGAAUCCAACCUGAUUGGAAAAGGAAGCUAUGGCACGGUGUACAGUGGGAAAUUGAAGGAAUCAAAGACGGAAGUGGCUGUCAAGGUUUUUGACCUUGAGAUGCAAGGUGCAGAGAGAAGCUUCUUGGCAGAGUGUGAAGCAUUGAGAAGUAUUCAGCACCGGAAUCUUCUUCCCAUCAUAACUGCAUGCUCAACUGUAGAUACGGCGGGCAAUGUUUUCAAGGCAUUAAUUUAUGAGCUUAUGCCAAAUGGGAACUUGGAUAAAUGGAUACAUCACAAAGGCGACGAGGCAGUUCCAAAGCGCCGUCUAAGCUUAACUCAAAGAAUUGCAGUUGUCGUUAGUGUAGCUGAUGCAUUGGAUUACUUACACCACGACUGCGGAAGGCCCACUGUCCAUUGUGACUUGAAGCCAAGCAACAUCCUUCUCGAUGACGAUAUGAAUGCUCUCUUGGCAGAUUUUGGCAUCGCACGUCUCUAUGCCGAUCCUCAGUUGACUUUUGCAGGUUCAAUUAGUUCGAUCGGUAUUAAGGGCACAAUUGGCUAUAUCCCUCCAGAAUACGGAGGUGGUGGCCAUGUUUCGACGUCCGGUGAUGUUUAUAGUUUUGGUAUAGUGUUGUUGGAGAUUUUGACCGGUAAAAGGCCGACAGAUCCUAUGUUCACCGGGGGACUAGACAUCAUCAGCUUCGUGGAGAACAGUUUUCCGGAUCAAAUAUUUCAAGUUAUUGAUCCGCAUCUUGUGGAAGACCGCCAGAAGAUAAAUCAGCCAAAUGAAGUAGCAAACAAUGAAAUGUACCAAUGCCUGGUGGCUCUGCUGCAAGUAGCACUUUCUUGCACGCGCUCAUUACCAUCUGAACGGUCCAAUAUGAAGCAGGUAGCAAGCAAACUGCAAGCAAUCAAGGCGGCACAACUUGGAGGCAAAUCCAAGUGAGAUUAGAUGUACUCCCUCGACGAGCAGCGUAAACCGGAAUACGAGAUGACUAGAAAUGUACUCUAGUCUAGCAUACAAGUGUUGUUUACCUUGUAUAUGCAUCUAUGGUUCAAUAUGGUUAUACCGUCAAGCAACUACAACAUGAUAUGUAAUAUCUAGUAUUUACACAUUGAAAGCAUCGAACUAUGUAUGGUUUGAAAUAGUUAUUUACUUUGUUUAGAUUUCUUGAAUUAUGUAGUUCAUUAUUUAAUUGUGAGAAAAUUUAAUGAGUUUAUCCU